GACUGUCUCAGAUGGUUUAUAGUUAGUCUUUUCCUUGAUGACGACUUCUCUUCUGCUCUGCUAUCUCCCAUCUCACCUCGCACAACUGCCACAAAAUGCUGAAGGAAUACCGGAUAUGCAUGCCGAUGACUGUGGAGGAGUACCACAUUGGGCAGCUCUACAUGAUUGCCCGGCACAGCUCAGAACAGAGUGAUGGAGGAGAGGGUGUAGAAGUAAUUGAAAAUAAAGCAUACACUGACCCCAUCCAGGGCUCUGGGCAGUUCACUGAAAAGAGAAUCCAUCUUUCAGGAAAACUGCCACACUGGAUUCGGUCGUAUAUUCCCCGCUUUAUUUACCUGACAGAGAAGGCCUGGAAUUACUAUCCAUAUACAGAAACAGAAUAUACAUGUUCUGUUAUUCCACGGUUUGCCAUCAAAAUACGCACACGUUAUGAGAAUAACAAUGGAUCAUCAGAAAAUUGUCUUGAUAUAAAUGAGGAGGAGUUGAAGCAACGGACAGUUGAGCAUGUGGACAUCCUCGCCGAUCCAGUUGAUGAGAAGCACUAUAAAAAAGAAGAGGAUCCUUCUGUCUUUAAAUCUAAGAAGACUGGCCGUGGCCCUUUAACGGAAGGUUGGCGUGAUUAUUCAGAUAUCAUCAUGUGUUCUUACAAGCUUGUUGAUGUUUCCUUCCAAGUAUUUGGCCUGCAGACCAGGAUUGAAGACUUUGCACAGCGAGCUAUUCGAAAUAUCUUACUUAUUGGCCACCGACAGGCUUUUGCCUGGAUAGAUGAAUGGUAUGGCAUGACUAUAGAAGAUGUACGAGAUUAUGAGUGUGGAAUGCAAAAGGAAACUAAUGAAAAGAUUCGUUCAGCUCAGCAGUCUGCAGGCAUAGUUGACACAGAAACAAACACCCAGAAGACAGAUGAUAAUAAGGAAGACAAUGAAGAGGAAGACCUUGACAGCUCCGAAAACAAAAAGACAUUGAAGAAAAAAGAUUCCACUUCCUCCCUUGGUACUAACUCCAGCUCUUCCAUCUCACCAGACAAGACAGGCUACCUCUCUUCCUGGUUUAAGUGGUCUUCUUGAUUUUUUAAAUACUGUACAUGCAGAUUUAUGAUUGUUUUGAAUAAACUGUAUUUGUUAUUUUUUUUAUAAUGAAAAAUGAAUACCCAAUGCAUUUUUUUUCAGUAAUCUGCUUUAAUCGUGGAUAACUGUUUUGGCACAACUUUCUUUUCGAGAACUUGACAUUCAAUCAAAAAUUUUGACUGAACCAAGAAUAACUAUUACUUCAUUGACAUCUUGGUGUUUACCAGAGUUCCUCAAGUGUCCAUUUCAUUAUUCUUGUUUUUGUUUGUGCUUUUUAUUCCUGAUUAAACUCAGUUGGUAAAAAAUAUAUACAGUACUGUAUACAGUUUAGUUCUUGGAAUUAGUGUCAGAAUUUAACUAUCGUUAAUUCUCUAUACAUUAGUAUGGUUUGGAAGACCAUGGAGAUAUCUUAUGAAUAAAUUAAAUAUGGAGAAGAAUUGUGUUGCAAUUGUGUCCUUUUGCAAUGAUUUAUGUAAAAAAAAGAUACAGAAGAAAAUAAAGGAAUUUUUAAAUUAAACAUAAUUACAGCCCAUUUUUCUUGACAAUUCAGGAACUUACAUUAUUAACAGUUAUUCUGGUAGCUCAGGUUCCUCAGUUGUACUGUUGUAAUGCAUCUGUAAGAUGAUAUAUUUCUCCAGCAGCUGAAUACUCAAAGUAACUAAUGUUAGCUAGGCACAAAGAAACUUAUGUAAAUUACCGGUAAUUGUAAAUUUAAAGAAAUAAGUAAGAUGUUUAUUCAUAUCUUCUGCAUAUUUCAUGUAUAUAAAACUUCUCGUUGUCAUUUCUUUCCCACCUCUGCUAGGGAUGUCUUGUCAGGUUGUGUGUGUGCGUGUUUACAUUUGUUCAUCUGCUAGACUGUGGUUAGGUUUUUUGUUAGGUUUGCAUAAAUGUAACAGCUGUCUGACAGGGCCAUUUUUAUCCAAUGGACACAUUUCUAAUUUUUCUGCUUAUAUUCACUGAGCUGUUUACUACAUUUUAAAAGCAGAUUCGGUCUGAACAGUAUUGUGCCAGUUUUUAUUUGGAACUGAAUUAAUAUAGGUGUUUUAUCAGUCAUUGAGUUUAUAAUUUCUUUUAAGGCCUUUCAACCCAGGCUCUCAGCACAGAUGAGAUACUGUACUACCUAAUGACAUGUCACCAAAAAAGGCAUGUUUGUGAUUUGGCACUCAACUCUCCUAGAUUUUGAGAAUUGUAUGUGAUGUUGCUUAGAAAAGCCUAUACUGUACUGAAUUUCAUUUUUUUCAAUAUACUUAAACAUAAACUAGAAUGUAUUGAGUACACCGUAUCUAUAUUAAUAAGAAAUGAUUGUUAUCACUUUCACUUGGGAGGACUCUGUGGAGAUUUUUGUAUUUCAACUACUGUACUUUGAGAAAUUCAAGUGGUGAAAGAGGGCUGAUAUAUUUUAAUUAUGGUCUUGGUUAUUGUUAUACUUUUAAGGGGUUAUAUCAAGAGUUCAUAAUUGGCAUAAUACUGUUUUUUGGAUCUGUGGAUGUGUUAUGUGUGUGUGUGCAUAGGAAUGAUGUUUAUAUGUGUGUAUGGGUAAUAAAAUCAGUGUCGUGCUCGCUUAAACUUGCAAAAAUUCAGGUGUGUUGACAAGAUGGGUACAGUACAUCCCUUGCACACUGAAUCUUUGUGAGUGUUUAAAACUGUUAUGACAAUUUUUUUUUCGGCCCAUUGACAUGUUUUAAUUUUUUUGGAACACACAGAAUCAUGCCAACUUUGAAUCCCUGGUAUGACCCCAUAAUCACAUUUUAUAGUGUUUUUAUUUGGAAGAUAACUAUUAUAUACAUUGCAUUUCCUUGUUUCUUUUUAUUUGACCAUGCUUGUUUAAAGUCAUGUAAACUAUUCCAUACAUCAGUGUGCCUUAUACUCACUGAGAGCAUGAAAGGUUAAGUCUUGUCAUGCUGUGAACUGCCAUUCUCACAUAUCAUAUUGAAAGUGAUAUGAAUGUGGAAUUAAGGUGCAUAAUUGUUUGGAACAAAAUUAUUGCAUCAGUAAUGAAAUAUUAGUUGAAGUAUACUGCAGGAUUUUUAAAUAACAACUAAUUAUUAGUUCACUGCCAGUGCCAGAUUUAUUACAUAUAGAAUAGGAAAUCUAUAUUAUUUUCUGCAAUAAUUGUAUUGUGACCAGGAUUCCUCUCCCUUGAAUAAUUUAAUUUGAAGAAUUAUCAUAAGUUUACAAAUUUGUGGUGUCUAAAUGGGGCACAAGUAAUAUUAUAUAUAGGAAAUAAGCAGUACUGUAUUCAUUUGUAGAAGUGUUAAUGGUGUGUAUUCUAGGCUUUAAUAUUUGUUAGGAAGGAGAGCACUGUUUCUUUCUCUCUCUAUUUAUUUAUGUAUGUCAGAAAGUAGUGGACUGUUAUCUGCAUAUGUAAAUAAUUCUGUAAUGCCUGUACUUGAAAGAUGUGUAUCUGUUCGCUGUUUACAACAAUUGGUGUAUUGUAUAUAGCAGUACUGAAAUGCUGGUGAUUUUUAGUUUUACUGUAUAUGCAUUCAUAUAUAUAAUAUUUAUAUUUUCUCUUCAUUAAUCCUUUAGGAUAAGCUAAUGAAAAUUUGCACAAAAUUUCUUAUGGACUUGAUCUUUGGUGUGUUAUCUCUAUAUACAUUUAUGUAUAAAUGUGGUUACCUUUUUAUGUAUCUUGUCUUACUUAUCGCUUCAACUCUUUACAAAUGUCUAUGAAAAUUGAUGAGAUGUGUGAAAGAAAAGUUACUGGUGGGGGAUAUUUUCUGCAUGAUCAUCUAAGCCAAAAUGUUUGAUACAUUCUUAAGAAUAGUUGUACAGUAAAUUGUUAUAGAUGAUAUAAUCUGAGUCAUAAUCAAGAGAGAUUAAAUAUCUUUUAAUGUUUAUAAAAUUUUACAUGUUGACUCAAUUGAAGAUAUUUUCUUUUGGGUAAUUUUUAUUAGGUAUCGUAAUAAAAAUUAGCAAGCAUUGUUGUGGGGUGCCCCUCGAGGUGAAAUUUUUUUAUCUUUUAUUAUUAUUAUUUGUUAAUUAAACUACUACUGAUACUUUGAGGGUAAAAUUCAUCACUCCACCUUCAUGAACCUUGCACAACCUACUGAUUAUACUUGAGUGUUACAUUAUAUUGUAAGGACAGUCCUGCUUGUACAAAAUUUUAUAAAUGAUCAUGUGAAUAGACUUAAACUUUCUUGUAAAUAAUCCUCAAUUUGUCUCUUGAAAGUAUAUAAUGCACAUGAAAGCUUAUGAUUAUGAUGGACACUGUUAUAUGGACACUCAACAUGGUUCAGAUGUACCCGAUAAUAGUACAGUACUGUAAGUAGUAAAAGAAACCUGGACAGUAGAGCUAAAAUUCUUAUUGGUAUAAAAUGUAGCUUUAACUCACUACCACAUCAGUAAAAGGCAGGUAUUAUUCACUAAUUCUUUGAUAAAAUGUUAUACCAAAUAUAAAUAACUUACAAUUAUCCCAAGUACAUGUGUGAAACAAUACAAACUAAGAAAUACCCUUAACAGUUAACACAAAUUUAAUAAAUGUAGAAGAGCUUUUAAAGGUUUUGUUGCACUUGUAAGGUGUACCUAAAAUCCUAAGUUAGUCAGUUAAUUCCAUAUGACCUCGGUUAACUGUCAAUAAAUAGCUAUAUUGAAGGGUGGAUGAACCAAAUACACUGUUUGCUUCUAUUUUCAUGUGGAGAGGGGACCAUUAGCAAGCAUUAUUUUAUAAAAAUCUGACCAAGAAAUAGAGUCCAUAAAAAUGUCUUUCAAACAAAAAUGUAUAUUUAUGUAAAAUUGCUACCAUUAGACACCAAGCAAUAGUCAAAUAGUGUAGGACUAGACAAAGUGAGAUGAUCUAACUUCUAUUUACAUUGGGGUAAAAAAUGUAUUCACGAAAUGAGUUUUGGGUGAAAUUUGCCCCCUUUUUUACAUAUCAAGUCAAAGUAAUGUAAGUAUAUCAAGUUUUCUCAGUUGCUGAAUCUUACUGUUUGACUUAACAUUUUUGUUGUGAGUAAUUGAUAUCAACCAAAACAUAGUACUGUGCUGUAGUUUGUUUUAUAAAGGGGUGGCGUGGUAGAUGUUAAAAUGUUAUAUUUUUGUAUAUAUCGUGUAGGUAUAAUUAAAUUUUAGUUAGAAUAACAAUGAAAUUAUAAACUUAAAAUUUUUACUGAAAUGGAUGUAUCAUUGAAGGCUAAAUGUAUGUGGCUAUACAGGUAUUGUGUAUUUAAUUUUUGUCACAAAUAAAGGAUUUAUUUCACUAA